GUUCGGCCAAAUGAUGUUCGCGCCGCUCAAUAAAUCUGAAAACCUAUCGUUUCCGUCCCUGCCGUGUUCUCAAGAGAUAACAGUGUGGGACGUGCAGUACCUGCGCGCCCUGGACGACCUUUUACUUGCUGUCGGCGAGCAGCGGCUCCACUUCUACUAUGGCUGGACCGUCGUCCAGGCUUUGGCUCGCUUCAUGUCUUACGGCCUGGCCGUCCUCAGCUACGGAAGCGCGAAGUCUGCGCGAGACCAGUCAUCGUCUCACUGCCUGCGACUCACGGAGACAACCAUGGGUCUGGUGGUGUACCAGCGGUACGCAGCCAAGAACUUCAGACAGGACAUGCGGGUUGAGUUGCAUGAAAUUGUGAAUGUGGUCUACUCGGCGCUUCUCAACAACCUCCAGAUGAUUCCGGAGCUGGAAGUGCGUGACACCUCGAUGGACCUGCGGCAGCUAGAGCGUACGCUUUUUCCGAGGCUCGAGUUUCUCGACAACAGGGACCGACUGGAUAGGCUACUCGCCGAGGUACCGUCCAUGGCUCGCGGCUCUUUCGCACGCAAUUGGCUGGAGCUACAGCGGGCACUGCACCGCAUGAGCUCCGACGUGCGCAAAGUCACCAGCUCCUGGUACCUCUCGAGCAUCGCGGGAGCCAACGGCUACUCGAUCCACAAGACUGGCAACAAGGGAGAGCUGGGACUCGCACCUUACUUGACCCUACUGCCACUGUACGAUUCGAAUGUGGUGGACAGCGUCAAGUACGGUGGUCUUGGCUCGCUGAUCGCGGAGGCCACCUUUCAGUUCUUCGUGGAGCAUUUGCCCGAGCAGAGCGGCUUCCACUCGCUCCUGGAGCAGCGCACUCGCUGCUACGAAAGCGCGGGGACACUUCGCGGCCUUCAGGGAGAUCCUGUCAAGCGUGCUGCUUUCAAUCGCGCCGUCGCCCAGUCCUUUCUGUGGCACGCGUUUCGGUCUCCACUGCGACGGCGUGACUAUAACUGGCGCAUGCACGGCCUCGAGUCCUUUACCGAGCAGCAGCUGUUUUUUAUGGCCUCCUGCUUUCCGCUGUGCACCGGAUACCAGAGCGGAGUGGCCGAACUCACGUGCAACGAACCUCUGAGGCAUAGCCGAAACUUUCCGGGUGCCUUCCGUUGUCCGGGAGGUGCGCCCAUGAAUCCCAGGCUCAAGUGCAGCGUAUUUUACUAGC